AUGCCCCCCUCGGACGAGGACGAAAUCUGCUGUGCUUUGGAUCCCACGGUCAAGACCUCCGUGAAAAUUUUGCGCGAAACGCCGCUUAAGUAUCAGUCGAGCGACCACAUAAAUAAUCUUCAAGAGGAGAAGGAAAAUUUUCUCAAGUUUGGCAAAUUGCCCAGGUUCAAAUUCGCUGGUUCUGUCGACUGGCUUGGAAUCGACAAAAAGAAGACAAGGAUUCGAUUCGAUUUUUUCCCGGAAGCCAGGUACAUUUUGGAGCGCGUACGAGAUGCCUUCGGUACUGGGGAUGUGUUUUUGGAUGCUGCGUUUGGACAAAGGAUAUCGCUUGGUCAGGCUUCCCAAACUGUCUUGCAGUAUUUAAAAUCGCACGGUUUGGAUGGAUCUCUGAAAGUUGUUUGGACAAACGAUCUAAACGGCAGCGGAAAAAUGCAGUGGCAAGGCCCCAGUGUUCGCUAUAAUCGCCCUGAGGCACGCAAAUUCACCUUAUGGCUUAAACAAAGCAGUGAAAACGUCUAUCUUCGGGAACAUGGAAUAAAAAGUUUGAUGAACCACGAAAUUGGGACUCAUUUUGUAUCCUUUUUCACCAAGCCUUUAAUCAUCUGAAAUGUUAAGUCAGUUAAGAUCCCCAUCAAUUAAGGGUUUUAUAAUCUUUUUAUCCUGCGGGUGUACCUUACAAAUGCUGACGCUUUAGCCAGAUUUGUCUAAUCAAAUCAAAACGUUUCAUUUUAAACUACAGGAGUCAGUAUUGCUCUGUCUGUAAUCCAGCGAUUUUUUCAGGUUUAACAUGAAAUAAGCUCGCUUUGAUCUACUUUACGGUAAAAAUGGUCGCGGUAUACAUUGUGUAAAACAGAGUUGUAGUGUUCUGAUUUGGGAAUAUGAAGCCAAAUAUAUAGAUAUUUUGUCACAGGUUAAAUUUACGGGAAUCAAGAUUUAAUUCCAUGUUUAAGUAUCACAAAUCUUCGGGUUUAUAACAUAAUAUUUCUACGAUCUUUACGUUGUUGACAUUUUCUGUGUCCCUGUUAGCAAUUUACCGGUUUAAUAGAUCAGCUGACAGGAAAUUAUCAACACGUCACUUCAAUGAUUGUUCUAAAAUACGACAAGAUAAACAUCCGACGUCACGAAAUUAUCAAGGAAGUUGUUAGCACCGACCAGGCGCUUGAAUUGGAGCAGUUUCUCUUCUUUUUCUCACUCUGCGAGAUAAAAAAAGAGGGGAAAUGAAUCCGCAAAGCUACUGACAGGGCGAAUAGAAGAACUACCUAUCGCCCUAUCGCGGCAAUCUUUCUCACGCGCGCUUUUUAAAACAGGAAAUCAAUUUUCUAGCCCACACUCUUUCUUUUUGGCUCUCUCUUUCUCCCGCCAUCGCACCCUUCCCAGAUCACGCGCUUCCAAUAUCCCUUAACCUUGUUUUGGCAACUUCCCUCUGCCUGCUAUCUGAGAGCUAGUGAGAGGGAAACAUCAAUUGAUGAGGGUACUCCAUUUCAGGAUGUUUAUUUUUUUCCCUUAUUUUCCUUAAUUUGUGAUUCUGUUCGGUAGCUUCGCGCCGUGAACGAUGGUUUGCAGCCGUGGUAUUCAAACAGGAAAAAUUUCGACUUGCGCACUCCAAAGUCUUACACCGGUAUGGUUAAUGAAGAAGGGUUGGCGGCUAUAAACACCAUUUACGAAGCUCAAGUAAAGAUGCUGUUUCUACCCGCCUUGCUUUAUUGUAAGUAUCAAGAACAUUUGUAGCUAUGACGACUCGACUUGAACAGAAUUUUUUCGCGCUGCGAUGCUUUUUAACAUGGACGAAAAGUUUGAAAUUGCAAGUGGGCGCCAUGGAGGUAAACGGAAUUCUUUGCUCUUUCUUCUUUGUUGUAAUCCGGCCUUGAGACGAGUAAGAAAAGCAGUCUGCAAUUAUUGGGCGAACACGGACUUGAAUGAAUGGCACACCUGACCUAUUUACGCGGAAGAGCGCCUCGCUGUAUUAAGGAGCCAAAACACUAUGCAUGGCGGGGUUUACUAGUAAGUGAACCAUGACUGCGGCGACAGGGAAAACGUUGGCAAAUAAAAUGAAUUCACUUUCUUUCAAAUGUGAUAAUGAUAAGUCCAAAUGGCUCAGUAUGUCAAAUGCAGGUGAAAUUUCCUAGAGUUGAAUUCAUAAGGACCCCAACCAAGUUAAGAAAGAUUCGUCGUCCUCCGUAACGGUUGUCUUCACCCAGUACAGAAUUCAUAUCGUAGUCGUGCAGGGACGACAAAGUAAUGUACCGAAAAGUUAGAUGUACUUUUAGAGUUGUUGUUUUGCUCAUUAAACCUGCCUUUGCUCAAUAAAUUAACCUCUGGACCUUAUCGUUGCCGUCUUUUUUUGCUAAAUCUCCCUGACCUUAAUUAGGCUCCGCACUCUCCAUGCGGCAUUUACUAUUUAGAUCUGGAAAGGGAUAUAGACCUUCAAAGCAAACAUACGUUUUUUCUGUGCUUUUGUUAUCGUCGUGAAGAUAACAACUUAGUGGUGUAAUUCGCAAUUUCAAUGCUUUGAAUAAUCGCUUCCCUCAAAUAAGCUUCGUACCCGGGUCGAAAACUUUUAUGAGCACGCGCAGACUCUCUUUCGAGUAUAUACCUUUUAUGGAUUGCCUUUAAAAGCCAACUGAAACCCGUCUCUUCAGAGAAGCAUGGUAUUUCCUUUUUUACUUUAUUGCAUUUUAUGAUAUGUUACAAUGUUAGAAUCUUAGCAGAUUAGAUGUUCUUAUUUCGAACUUUUUCUUAGGCAUCAGUUGACUAUAAAUAGAUCUUGCCAUUGAAUUUAGAAGUGACUUGGAAACUGCCAUUGGAAAUUAGUGGUGAUAACGCCAUAUAGAUUAACUUAUUAUUACUAUUAUUAUUAUUUGUUGUUGUUAUUGUUAUUAUUAUUAUUAUUAUUAUUAUUAUUAUUGAUUUUUUUCUUACAGACACUGCAUGUAUGUCAACUGAAAUGUCCUUUAAGGAAUUGUUCGAGCAUCUAGCUAUGUACAUAUAUGAUCCAGAACAGCGGUGGAAGCAGGUGGUUCGAGCAAAGCGCUGCCUGACAGACUGCAGUGAAGUAGGAGGAUGCGGCUAUGAUCAGUGUUAUUUUGAAGGUAAGUCUGUGUAAUGGUUAGGUAGGUGUUGCGUGUUGGUCUACGACGCAAGUGAUAAGGGGGCUUAAGCAACGUCGACGACGACAGCAAUGAGAACGUCAUAAAAGCAAUAGGUUUAGAUUAGAAAAAAUAAUAAUAAUAAUAAUAAAAUGCGUCGUACGCGAAAUUCUGCCGACAGGCAAAAGAAAAGGAAGGAGGACCGCCUCACCACAGGUUAGUGCAGCUUCUCAGUUAAGAUUCCGGCAUGCAAGCGACCUCUUUAUUCUGAUGCAUCUUUCUUGUAGGAGCUGUGAUGAUUCUACGGCAAGUUAACGAAAUUGACUUCAAGCUGUUCUACGCGGGGAAAAUAUGCUGCGAUGAACUGCAGAGAAUCAAGCGCAUCGCUCGACAGGACUGUGUCAAGCUGCCUCACUUCUUACGAGACAUCGUAACUUAUAAGAAAACUCUAAACGAAAUUGCUCUUGCAAAUGGAUUGAUACAAAAAAUCAACAGACCGUUAUCCUCUGGUAAUACCACUCGCCCAAAAGGCAGGAAAAAGAAAUCAAAAGUGGCGCCACUAGAUCGAGUUCCAUCAAGAGCUUUAAGUUGCCCUUCUAGAACACGCAAUGGAGUUCAGAGUUCUGUUGCUCGGCCGCUAAGAAUUCUUUCCCGGCGAUCAAGCACGUAUAGACGUCUAUGCACCAGUGUGGCUUCUUUUGCUCCUUUGCUACCUUAGGCCUACCUAGUUGGAAGGAAACAGUUAGUCAAGUCAGCGCUUUGCUUGUGGAGUUGUUGCCGGAGUUCUAUUGUGUGUCGAGUUAUAUUGCAGAGUGCAGCGUGCAGCGUGAAAAAUGUAUAAACCAGUAACUGCCGCUUACGAGCCCCGGGCUUAAACAUUAUCUCAAGGGCUUUUAGUGGGGCUUAUAAACGGGAGGGGGAGG